GCACGACGAGGCAGCAGCAAAGGAUGCCGAUGAAGAACGAGUCCAGCGUCGUGAGAAGAUAUUCAGCGGAGAGUAAGCUUUGCUCACAAUGGCAGCGGAUUGGCGGGCCGAGGCUGAGAAUGGCAAGAUGGGAGGCAGUGAAAACAAGAUCGCUCUACUCCUCUCCCAUUUCACGGACCUCCUGGCAACAUGCAUUACACAGCAGGAGGACAUCCACAGCCUCGACGACGCGUUGAUUCAAGUCCACGGCCGCCUCCGACAGCUGGAGCAGCGACCUGUCGCCGCCCCCGAUGCCAGCUCUUCCAACACCUCCGAUCGCCUCGAGGCAUCGGAGAUUGACGUCAGUUCCCUCAAGGACGGCGUGCAGUUACAGCAAACUGCAACGCAACAGUUGGAGCAGUGGAUCUGUACUGCCGCCAACCACUCGAGCUCGGAACCGCGCGAGACAGCUCCAAAGUUCGAUGGGCAGGAGAUCUUCUGCGACUCGACGAAGACAGAUCCGAUUUCAUGGUUCCGCAAGUUCGAGCUCACGUUACAGCUACACUACGCCAAAGAACAUAAGCACCAUGGGUACUUAUACUCCCGCUCGGGGGGCGCGAGCCAAGCAUGGUUGGACAAUCUCUUGUCCAAGUAUGGAGUGGUAGCUGCCGACUUGCAUACCAAGAUCAGCUGGGAUGAUCUAAAGGCGGCGUGGCAUAAGCGGUUCCAAGUAGAGCCGCCGGAGAUCAAGGCAAUGGAUAAGCUGAUGGUCUUCGAACAAGGCACGCUGCCGAGUGUUGAUUGGACUGCCGAGUACCAACGCUUGACAUCCGUCCCAAAUAUUCAAAUGGGUUUCAAAGCCAUCAAACACUGCUUCAUCUCGAGGUCGUUGUAUUUCGCACCUCAUGCAUGCGAACCGAUGACAUUCGACAUUUUGCACACGGACUUCGACAUUAUUUUGGGAAUGCCUUGGCUUGCAAGUGCGGAUCACACGGUCAACUUCCACCGGCGGAAUCUUACCAUUCGCGAUGCCUUCGGCGCCGAAGUGUCGUGUACUAUUCCUCUUCCGCACCCUUCAAUUCGGUGCCAAGUGGUGACGGCCAAGUCAUUCCGGGCUACUUGUGCUUACGAGCAGCCCGACGAAAUCGGCCUAUGUUUCCUACGGACCGUCGCGGUAGCCGACUCUUCACCCACGGACUUGUCUUCGGACCCCCAUGUGGUGUGGUUGCUUGACGAGUUCGCCGGCAUCUUCGAGUCACCUACCGGUGUGGUGCCGGAUCGGCCGAUCUCUCACGAGAUCAUUCUUGAGGCCGGUGCCGUGCCGCUGAAAGGCUGCAUUUAUCGCAUGAGCGAGGAGGAGCUUACGGUCCUCUGGGCGCAACUCCAUGAUUUGUUGGACAAGGGUUGGAUCUGCCCUAGUAGCUCUCCAUACGGAGCGCCAGUUCUCUUCGUACGGAAGAAGAACAAAGAUCUACGAUUGUGCAUCGACUACUGCAAACUCAACGCGCAAACCGUCAAGAAUGCGGGGCCUAUUCCUCGCAUCGACGAUCUUCUUGAGCAAUUGGGCGGCGCAAAGUAUUUUUCUAAGUUGGAUUUGAAGUCGGGAUAUCAUCAAAUCUUGAUCCGACCGAACGAUGGUUACAAAUUCGUGUUCAAGACGCGGUAUGGGCAUUUUGAGUGGGUGGUCAUGCCUUUUGGCCUCACCAACGCCCCGACGACCCCUACUCCAAGAUCGCGACCCACUUGACCAAGCUUCAAUGCGAGGAUCGGCCAUUUGACUU